GAUGUAGUGGAUGGCGGUUUUAAGACACUUAAAAUAUUACUUCAUCAUAAUUCUGAUGGGUGUCAUGAAAGGAAUCAUCAAGCAGUGAAAGUGCAGAUUGCCCAUGCAGACAUGGGCUCUAGCAGUUCCAAAGCUUCGCCGUCGCCAUCGUCUCGGCCCACGCCUGUCCCCAGCGCAUCCUCCAGCUUCAAACCCAAGACUCCCGCGUCUCUGGCCCCCUCACCGUACGGCUCAAGGAGAGGGUCGACAACAUCAACGGGCGCGCCCCCCGGGCCCCGCGUCGUGCCCCCCGGCAUGAAGCAGUGCCCGGUGUGUGAGCGAUGCUUCAAUGACGACCGCAUCGAGAAACAUGAAACCAUCUGCCGCACCACACAAGCCAAGGCUAAGAAGCGCAAGGCGUUUGACCCUGUCAAGAUGCGCAACAAAGGCACGGAGGCUGAGAAAUACGUAGCCAGAGGACUACAUCUCAAGGAGGUCAAGACGAAGAAGAAGGACUGGCGCAAGCAGCACGAGGACUUCAUCGCAACAGUCCGGGCUGCUAAGGGCGUGAAGGGCUACGAGGCACCUCCCCUGGACACCUCCGACUACAUUGAGUGUCCGCACUGCGGCAGGAAGUUCAACCAGACCGCAGGCGACCGCCACAUCCCUAAGUGUGCCGAGAUCAAACAUAAUAAACCUGCAGCCGGCAAGCGGCGUUAAUGAAACACAACAAACCUGCGGCCGGCAAGCGGCGUUAAUCAAACUCGACAAACCUGCGGCCGGCAAGCGGACUAAUCAAACAACAAACCUGCUGCCGGCAAGCGGCGUUAAUCAAACACACCAAACAAGCGGCCGGCAAACGGACUAAUCAAACACAACAAACCUGCGACCGGCAAACGGAGCUUAUCAAACUCGACAAACCUGCUGCCGGCAAACGGAGUUUAUCAAAAUCGACAAACCGGCGACCGGCAAACGGAGCUUAUCAAACACAACAAACAUGCGACCGGCAAACGGACUAAUCAAACAGAACAAACAUGCGGCCGGCAAACGGAGCUUAUCAAACUCGACAAACCUGCGGCCGGCAAAUGGAGCUAUUCAAACACAACAAAUCUGCGGCCGACCAGCGGCGUUAGAACGACAUGAUAAAGCCAAUAAAAUUAACUUAGCUAAUAAAUGCCUCAUGGUUGAUGAUCGCUUGUUCCGAGAACAAACACAACAUGCGUGCGACGGGCAACCUAUGCUUGAAGCUGAUAUAAUUUGUUACUAAUAUACGGUAGGUACAUAAUAGAUGCAUAAGCUAGCCUACCGCAUGAACAUAGCAGCAUUGAAUAUCAACGGUGCCUUAUUUUAUUGAUCAUUAUUCUGAUCAGCUCGAGUGCUGGUGUACGCGUAAGAAGAGCACCGGUGGUGAUAUGAGUUAAUAUAAUUUAAAUACUACGAAUAUUUUAUAUGUGCUAACAUUUUGUUAUCACAAGAUAUUGGGAUAUCUUGUUAUCACAAGAUAUUCGCGAGUUUCAACGUCAAUCAACUCGAAUUAACUAAGCCCACUGUUGAUGUAUACAAUAUAUACAAUACAGUCUAUAUUUCCAGCAGUCUAUUCCACGUCUGACAAGGAAGUAAAAGUUGACCUGCCAGACCACAUUUGCUCCUGAGAUGAAGUCUCAAGGCGAGUUUGUUUUGAGAAAUUCUGUGGUGAAGGUUAGGCUAGGCCGCCUUGUAGAGGCCUAAAUGUCACCUCAUUUUGGCUUAACAUGAGAUGCCGCUUAAGGCAUUCAAGGACUCCUGACGUAAAUAAUUUCAAGUAUCCGGUGAUGUUGCUUAUGAGGCCAUUGAUAUUUGUAAGAAAUGUCUUCUGAUUACGUUAGCAGUUAUUCACGAGUGCGGCCGAUGGGGACUCGAUCGAAUUAUUGCGGUUAAUUAUGAAAUAAUUCAUUCUACGAAAAUCCACUGUAAUUAUACUAUAUUGUUAAUUAUGGAUGCAUACUUUGGUGCCUUGCUUGCAAAAGCUUCAUUGUUCAUUUCCCAGAAGUCAGAAGGUGGCAAUAUUUAUUAGUAUCGUUACAGUUGUUUCAGGGAGAAUUCAUUAGAUGGUAAUUAAAGUGAUAAAAAUUACAUCAAAUUACAUCGAAAAUAUCGAAGAUUAUAUGACUUCAUUCACUAGGUCCGGUAUCAUAUCAGUAACAUUCCAUGUAAUAUAGGUACAUUAUAAUAUGCGUUUAAAGUGAUGAAACUAAAAUUAAAUCGAAAAUCUCGUGAAUUAUCAGACUUCACUCACUAGGUCCGGCAUCAGUAACAUUCCAUGUAAUAUACAUUAUAAUAUGCGUGUAUUGUAAGGGAUGUAUAGACUUGCAAAGCGUGUGUCAUGCGAGCCGUGCUCGCAGGAACCUUAUUUUCCAUUUACUACUAACUCAUUGCAGUCACUUGUAGCUCUUGUGAUAACUUGUAUCGAUUUUACGUCCACUAUUGUUCAUUAAAAGCUAAGAUGUUGACAGCGGUGCGUCGUUGUGGCCGACAAAGAUGUCUGUCGUGAAAUGAUGGUGGAGUUGAGAGUAUUUCUUUUUUACCUUUAUUUACCAUUCAGUAAUUGAAUGGCUAUCCUUAUGCAUAUAUUAACCACUAACUUUUAUUUAACCCUGUAUUACUCGUGAUCAACAACCUGUUUUGUAUAUUUAUGUUAUUUCUGCCUAUACUGCUGAUCAAGCUUUUUUUGGUACUGCCAAAUUGCAACCAUUUGUCAGCGAUUCCGUUUGCAUUUUGGUACGUAUGUAGGCUUCUCAACAUUGAUAGCAAGUUCUUUGAUACGCAUUGUAUUGUUUUCAGAUGAUAUUAUUUCGUGUGUCGUGUGUUCCGUAGGCGAAAGGCGUAUAAUGCUGUUGGUCCGACUUACGUGCCUUCGCCACGCGUGCGAUGUAAUGAUUUUCUUUGUGGGAAUAGAGUCAACUAAUUUUUCAUAGAUUCAUCUAGACGCUUUUAAAAUUGCCAUGCAAAGAAAAUUACUCGCUCGAAAAAAAAUAUAUAUUUCUUUCAUUCGAUCCACUCAACUAAUUUUUCGGUAAUUUUAUGUUCUUAUCAAUGUUUACUCCCAGGACAUUAAUGAACUACAACCUAGCAGCUUGCGUAAGAUGACAACUUCGUCGCGCUUUUUAGUUAAUUUAGUUGAAAAAGAUGUCAGAAAACACGACAGGUAAAUAUUCAUAAUUAAACUUCUCUUUAUGUCGUGCCGUCUUGAGCUCGUUUUUUUAUAAUCGCAAUUUUUUGUUUUGUUUUGCUCGUCGCAUGGAAUCAAUAUCUUCAAGUAAAAAUAUCCACAACAAA